AGCACAACUAUCCAUUGGUAAUGCCAGUAGAGUACCAUUUAGAGCAACCUGGCCAUACCAUUAUGUAUGUUCCAAUCCUUCAAAUGAUUCAAGAGUUGUUUAAAAACACAGACAUUCUCAGCAAGAUCAGAGAACCAAACACUGACCCUAGACAUUAUGUGUCAUAUCGUGAUGGCUCUCAUUUCUGUGAAAAUGAAUUACUCUCUAUAGAAGAUCUAAGCCUAGCAAUCCAACUAUAUAUUGAUGACCUUGAAAUUGCUAACCCUCUUGGCACAUCACGAAAAGUUUACAAACUCUGCAGCGUAUACUGGGUCCUGGCCAAUCUGCCGCCAAAGUAUAAAUCAGCAAUGCACACUAUACAACUAGCUGUGUUAGCUAAAGUAACAGACCUGAAGAGAUAUGGAUAUGCAGCUGUACUUGCUCCAUUGGUGCGUGAUGUUCACACUCUUGAACAGGAUGGUGUUUUUAUUGAAUCUGUUGGUCAGAAUGUGAAAGGCACGAUCUUUUGUGUUUCUGCUGACAAUCUGGCUGCUCAUGGAUUAGGUGGCUUCUUAGAGUCAUUCAGAGCAGAAUAUGCUUGCAGAUUCUGUAUGGCUACAAGUGAACAGUUUCAAGCAACUGAGGUCAGAGACGAAGAGUUUGUUCAGAGAACCAAAGCCAGUCAUGACGUUCAUGUACAAAAUGCCCUGAAAAAUGGCAGUGAAUUUGGUGUGAAACAUGACUGUGUGUUGCGUGAGGCACUAGAGUAUUUCCAUCCUAUAACAGGUUUUCCUCCAGAUAUACUACAUGAUCUUUUGGAAGGUAUUGUUCCCAUUGAACUUGCUCUUUGCAUUAAAGAGAUGAUUCGGCUGAAGUUCUUCACUUUGGAGUAUUUGAACCAAAAGAUCACAUCAUUCCCAUACCAGCACACUGAUAAAGUAAAUAGGCCAAAGGCCAUUCACAAGACAUUCAUGACUCGGGGAACAAUAGGAGGGAAUGGGCAUGAAAAUGCCACUCUACUCAGACUACUUCCAUUAUUUGUAGGCAAUAAAGUACCAGAGGGCAAUGCUGCAUGGGCAGUUUUGAUGGAAUUAAAAGAGGUAGUGGAAUUAGCAUUGUGUCCAUCAUUUACUGAUGAAACCAUAGACUAUUUUGUGUGGAAAAUCAGUGAUCACAGACAGACACUGCAAGAGGUUUUUCCUGAGCUUAGGCUUCGUCCUAAGCAUCACUACGUAGAGCAUUAUCCCACCCUAGUAAAGUGCUUUGGGCCCCUAGUGCAUGUUUGGACCAUGCGAUUUGAGGCCAAACAUCGCUUUUUCAAGAGAGUGGUGCAUGAUGCUCAAAACUUCAAAAAUAUUUUGAAGACAUUGGCAACCAGACACCAACACAUGAUGGCAUAUCAUCUACAUGCGCCAUCAUUUUUCAGGCCAAAAACACAAACAGCUAGGGUUGAAUCUGUUUUGGUUUCAGCACUACCAGAAGUAGCUCAGGCUCACAUAAGAGGACAAACAACCAGUGACACAGUCUACCAUACAGCAAAUGUGACCAUUGAUGGCACAGACUAUACUAAUGGAAUGUUUGUGUCAGUUGGUGUCAGUGGUGGACUGUCUAAAUUUUGCAAACUAGCGCAGAUCUACCUUGUGAAUAACAAUGUUUCUUUUCUCUGUUGUGAUUUUGACUCCUGGUAUGUAGAACAUCUUCGAUCCUACGAGUUGUCAGCCACACAGACGAGCCUGUCCAUCCACCUGCAAUCUGAGUUCAAUGAUACAGUCCCACUGUCUGCAUACAAGGUAGACGGCGUGCUCCUCUUGACUCCAAAGAGGUUCAUUCAAGUGAAACAGUCUUGAGACCACUCAGUGCGCAAUGGCAGCGGAAGCCUCACAAAACAUGAUCCUUCGCGUCAUUGAGAUGGACCGUGUAAGAAAAGUAAAACUCAGCUCUCG